GGUCCACUGCUUCCGCUAUAGAUAAGCUCAACCACUACCCACAGUAGUCUUUAAAGGGUAUGAUAGAUAGCCUAUCCAUUGUGGAGAAAAAUUUCAGUGGUUGGGAGAAUGGACGGAUACACAUCUCAAUCCAAUUUCUUGUACUCUCCACAGCCAAGUUUCUUCUCCAAUUCGCUCUGGGAAUGGGAAUUGAAUCAGGUGAGUCACAGAUCAAUGAUUUAUUACUCUGUCACUGAAUUCAAUGAGCCAGAAUUCGAGGAGUAUGAUCCCACUCCUUAUGCUGGUGGUUAUGAUCAAUCUCUUACUUAUGGAAAACCUCUUCCACCUUCAGAUGCAAUCUGUUAUCCUCUUUCAACUCCAAAACCUACAGAACCCAUUUCACCACUACCCUUGCAGGAGGUUCCCUCAUACGGAUCCACCGAUCCACCUAGUGGAGGAGGAGAAGAGGAGGUUGAUCACAGCAGAAGCCCUCCUAACAGGAAGAAGAGCACAGAGGAGGACCACCCAAAAGAAGAAAUUUCCUCUCAUGGAGGCUAUGAUGUUCCUGUGAAUGGAUAUGGAAAUGGGUAUGGGUAUCCACUACCAGGGUGGUCUGAUUGUGGUUGUGUUGAUGGGUAUGGGAGGCAAGAGCCUCAAAGUUCUUGGUUUGAUUGUGGGUAUGAUUAUGGUUAUGGAAAGCAGGGGCUUGAGCCUCAAGCUCCUCCUGAUUAUGGAUUCUGUGAAAGUUUGUUUGGUUAUUGGCCUUGCUUGUCUAAAAAGGAGAGAGAGCAGAGGAGAUCUAAUCAACAACAGCAACAGAUUGGAGAGGAACAUUGCUAUGGGAACAACCAGUGGAAUGAAACUGCAGACUUUCUAUUUGGAUCUAUGAAUCCAUAUGGUGAAAGGAACUACCAACAGCAUAGUUACAAGCAAAACGAGUGUAAUGUGCCCAUAUGGGUUCAGAAUGGGAACUACCAUCAAGUUUCUCCCUCUCCUAACAUUGAUGGGAAAGACGCUUACUUCUACAAUGAUAGCAAAUACCAAGAUGAAUGGUCCCUGUGAAAUUUGUGAUCUGUGGCAAACCAUGAUUUUUGCUUUUCUUGUGUAGAUAUUUCCAUGUAUGUAACUAUGUUUGAUUUCAAUCAAUUAAUAACUACUACUGAAAGUCUCUUUGGAA